AUGGAGAACGCCUCCAACGGCAGCCAGGGGCCCUUGGAGCCCCGGGUCCCUGGCGGGAAUGGGGUGGUGCUAGGCGUCUGCUUGCUCUGGCUGCUGGUUUUGAGCACCUUGCUGGGCAACGCCCUGGUCUGCCUGGCCGUCGUCCGGUUUCGCCACCUGCGCGCCAAAGUCACCAACUGGUUCGUGCUGUCACUGGCCUCGUCUGACCUGUGUGUAGCGCUGCUGGUCAUGCCCUGGCAGGCGGUCACUGAGGCAGUGGGCGGGGUGUGGCUCUUUGGCACCCGUUUCUGCGACAUGUGGGUGGCCGCCGACAUCAUGUGCUCCACGGCCUCCAUCCUCCAUCUCUGCAUCAUAAGCCUUGACCGCUACUGGGCCAUUGCCAGCCCCUUCCGGUACGAGCGGCGGAUGACCUGGGGCCUGGCCUCCGCCAUGAUCGCCCUGGCCUGGACCCUCUCCGUCCUCAUCUCCUUCAUCCCUGUCCAGCUCCAUUGGCACAGAGCCGAAGAGCAAGGGGGGGCUGACCCACAGUUGCUACGUUGUGACGCCCGACUCAAUCCCACGUACGCCAUCACCUCCUCCCUGGUCAGCUUCUACAUCCCCGUGUCCAUCAUGAUUGGCACUUACACAAGGAUCUACUGCAUCGCCCAGACUCAGAUCCGCCGCAUCUCGUCUCUGGAAAAGGCCGGAGGGCUGGGGUUUGCGCAAGGGAAAGAGCCUGCCUCUUCGCUGCGCAGCUCGCUCUGCAAGGAAACCAAGGUCCUCCAGACGUUGUCCAUCAUCGUGGGGGUAUUUGUCUGCUGCUGGCUGCCUUUCUUUGUCCUUAACUGCCUGCUACCCUUUUGUGAACCGAGGCCAGGCAGCGGGGUUUCUGGGCAAGUUCUCUGUGUCAGCCAGACAACUUUCCGCAUUUUCAUGUGGCUUGGCUGGGCCAACUCCUCGGUCAACCCAGUAAUCUAUGCUUUCAAUGCGGACUUUCGGAAGGCUUUCAGCAGCCUGUUGGGCUGCCACCGCCGCCCUUGUUGGGCUCCAGGCAGGUCUGCUGUGGAGAGAGUCAACCUGAGCCACGAGCUGGUCUCUUAUCACCACGACUCCUCCUCCCACAAGAGUGGAGGAGAGCCAGUUCCAUCGCCUCUCCCCACCAUUGCUGCCUGGCAUCGGUCCCUGCCCCACACAGUGAGCUCCCAAGGAGAAGGGGAGAGCAAUGAAGGAACCUUGCCAGAGAAAGGGACGUUGUCCUCACGUCAGGCUGCUCAGAGGAGCAACAGCAAAAACCUUCACCUGCCAGCUUUGCUCCCCUCUGAAUGUGAGGCUGAUGUAUCUUUGGAGACUCUUGAUCCCUUUGCAGAGAUUACUGGGCACUAG